GAAGGAGUAGGUUGUUUGGGUAAAGUUUAGUGCAUUAAUAUAUUAAAAAUAAUUUUUGCAGUUUGUAUACGAAAUAUAAAAAGUAAUAUGGACGGAUACAAUUAAUAAAAUAUAAUUGGAUUUCAUUAAUAGCACUUGGUUUUUCCGAGGCAGUCUCGUUAGAAACUAAGUUGCGAUAUUUUAUUCUUUGUCAGCAGUCAAACGCAUUUUCAGAAAAAUAUUUUAAAAUAUGAACCUGCAAUCAUUAUUUAGGGAUUUCAAUCCAAGUAAAUUUAUUGUACACUGCAGUCUCUUUACUUUCGUGACCCUCUUUGCCUUGCGUUUAGAUGGAUUUAUUGAUUGGCCAUAUUGGGCAAUAUUUACUCCUCUUUGGAUAUGGAAAGCUAUAGCUUCUUUAGGUGCAGCUAUUGGAGCAAUAGUUUGGUGUCGUUAUCCACAUUAUAGACUUGAAGGCGAUUCUUACACACAGUUUAAGGCCAUGUUAAUAUCACUUUCGUUGCAUUUAAUUUUGCUUAUGUUCGAAGUGCUUGCCUGCGAUAAAUUAACUUCUGGCAGAUACUUAUGGGUAUUAGUUUUUAUACCUUUGAUUUUUGGUUCAGUGGCUAGUGUGGGGGCAUGUGUUUGGGCUGUAAAACAUGAUCGCUCAUUUGAAUUAGAAUUAUUUUUAGCUGUCAAUGCAUUGCAAUUCGUUUCUUUGCCACUUAAGCUAGAUCAAUUCGUUUAUUGGAAUUGGGAAGUUGUAUUUGUACCUAUGUGGAUUGUAAUUUGCUUAAGUUUAGUUAGUGUUCUUUACAAUAUCAUUUUUUGUGGUAUUAUGAUGCGCACCCCUGAAAUCUCCUUGCAGCAAAAGAAAGCCGCACUAAAUGCAGCCGUUGGAAACAUUUGUACUGUACUACCGUUGCUUUGUUUUCAAGUAGUCAUAUGCGACAAAUUGGAAGGCGAAUUAAAAUUUCCAUAUAUUGUUGUUUUUAGUCCUUUGCUUGUUUCAAUAUUUGCACUUAUUGUUUUAAGUUUUAGUGCUAAAGGUGGCAAUAAGUGGUGGUUUGGCAUUCGUAAAUCUUUCAGUCAAUUCUUACUGUCUGCAUUACCAUUUCUGCAAGAGUAUGGCAAUAUCUCUUAUCAUACAGAUCACAGUUCGGCAGCACAAUCGGUACCGUUGGACGCUUCUACAAGUUCAGUACAUUUGGGUGACUUUGAAAAACAUGACAAAAAAAAUAAAGGAGCUAAAAACGAUAGCAUGAAGCCUGUUGUUCCUAUAAUAAGUAUUGAUAUGCCAGACUAAAAUGUUACGUACAAAAUCUCAUUUUUCUUAAAAUUAUUCAGUAUACACAUUAUGUUAAGAAUUUUUUAGCUAAGUACAUUUCAACAUAAAUUUAAAAAUAAUAAGAUUUAAUUAUAAUCUUCCAUUUGUACGUGCUCAUUUAAACUAUAUGUAUGUACAUAUAUUAUCAUUUUUACCAUUCAAAAUACUUUUGGAAUCUCUUAUCAUAUUUUUCGGAUAAUAUUAGAGAAUAUUGAUUAUUUUAUUUUUAAAUGCAGUUAAAUACGACUAAAUAAUUAACUGUGAGUACAUUA